UGGACCGGGAACCACCUGUAUGCAGAAGCAGAUGCCCCUGAUUAUUUAUUCCGCAAAAGACUGAAAAGCUUGCUUUAAUCUUUCAGCAAAAUUGUUUUCUCAUCGCCAACGUUUCUGAGCUUCAUGUCUGGGUUUUCAUUUGGAUUUAUCUGCUCUCGCCUGGCUUCAGCGAUAUCAUUUUGCAGAAACCCUAUAUUAAUCCAUUCGCAAGAUAUUUCAUUCCAUGAAUAUCACCCUUUUAAGCGACUGGAGCACCGUCUGUAUGCGGAAAAGAGUUAAUUUUUUCUGCCUAGUGUCCGCCGGGAAAUGCCUGAAAACGGUUUCAAUAGCUUCAUGUUGUUUAAUACUGCUUUUGGGUAUGGUGGUGUAAUUUUUUCAAUUUCAGUAUGAGAAUUUAAACUGUCUGGUUGCACCUCGCUCAUGUAGCCUGCAUCAACUGAUUGCGUCCAAUCACGCCGGAGUAAUCACGCUAACUUUAAAUUACCCACCAGCUGAAAACAGCAAUUCGUUUAUUAGUUCGUUUUCUCUGUGAUUCUCAACUACCCUACGGCGCUGUCGUCUGGUUGAAAUGGUUAAUGCGAUGAAUGUGUGUAUCUUGAAUUUGUGUAAUGUAUGGAGCUUGGUUCUGAUCAGCCUCGCUGGUCGAACUGAGGGUUAUGAGUCAAUGCUGGCCUCGGUCAAAAACAGCAAGAGAACGCCAUCAUACCAGUCUGAAGUACUGGGCGCCUCAGAUUUGGGUCAAAGAGACACCAAAUCUACCCCAGCGGCCAAGCCUGGACGCAUGGAUUUGUCUGAUUUCCAGACCCGUUUUCCGGUCCCGCGGGUCAUCGAGCGGUUGCAGGGACUCCCGCCUGCUGUCGUGCCGCGAGCUGAAAAUACGAUGACCAGCACCCUGGCUCAGUCACCCCAAGCGGAGACCGAUGCCCUCGCGGACGUGUCGGUCAACUGCUCGAGCACCGGGUUCACCGUGCGGGUCAAGAGGGACUUCUAUGGCUUCGCCGUCACGCCCUCGGAGUUGACCAUCGGAAGGACGUGCAAGAGCAAUGGGGUUGACGAAUCCUCCAACGACUUGCUGUUCACCUAUCCGCUAACGUCUUGCGAUAACAGGCAAGAGAGACUGCCCGGUCACACGCUGUAUAAGUACGCCCUGCACUUUGUGCCUGAGCCGACGCACCUGCCGGUCCGGUGGGCCCGCUGUCUCACCGUGGACAUCGAGUGCCGCGUAAAGAGCGUCCACCAGGUGCACCUGCUCGCGGUGCGUCCUACCUGGGCGACGCCCGCACGCAAGAUGUUGCAGGCCCAAAUGCCGGGGUAUGGAAUCCAGACGAUGAAUGAGGGGUGGACCGGGCCCAGCCCCUCCAGCGUCUUCCUCCUGGGGCAGAGGGUGCACUUCCAGGUGUUCGCCGUCUCCCCGCCGGCUGGCGGGAGGCUCUACGUCGAUCGCUGCCACGCCUCCACGGCGCCGAACCCCGACGCCUCUGUCAAGCACCCCGUCGUGGAGAACUACGGGUGCAUGGUGCACAGCAAAAGAGAAGGCAGUAGCUCGGGAUUUUGCCAGAGGACGGACAGGACCAUAAAUUUCGUGCUGGAGGCUUUCCAGUUUGACGAUAAUUCUACGGCCCAGGUGUUCCUGCACUGCCAUCUCUUUGUGGCGGUGGGGGGUCCCACGUCUACUGCCAAGUCCUGCACUCUAUAUGCUCACCAGAUACUCUCCUCUUGUGUCCCUUCUAUCCUGUCUCCCUUGCGCUCUUCCCGCAGGUGGAAGGAGAUCUCCGGGCGAGACUCCGAGUGUGACUGCUGCGACACCCAGUGCCGGCUUUCGGGAGGGGGGCGGCCGCUACACGAAGGCUUCCAGAGCAGUGGACCCCUGGUAUUUGCUCCUGUGGGCCCAGAAACCAAAAGAAGCACACCCCCGACACACCACAAACAGGGGGAGGCCGUCUUGCCCAAGAGCAGACUGGAGGAGGAGGAAGAGGAGGUAGAGGAGGAGGAAGAAGAUCGUGGGGCAGUGUUUCAGGACUUUGAGGAAGAAGAGUGGCCAGGGGAAUAUGAGUAUGCCUAUGUGUACGAGGAGGACCGUUACCGAGGGGACGGGAGCCACACCCCCUCCACUAAGAAGGCCUUGCAGUCUGGGGAGGGGGUGGAGCUUGGUGGGGAGAACAUGGGAUACACAUUUCAGAAGGAAGUGAUGGGGAUGAGGGAGGAGAUUGGGGAAAAGGCAGAAGCGGCAGUUGUUGAGGAGGUGGAGGGGGCAGUUGUUGGGGAGAAGGAGGAGGGGCCUAUGUCUAGGGAGGAGGAGGGGGCAGUUGUUGGGGAGAAGGAGAAAGGGCUGAUAUUUGGAGAGGAAAAGGGGCCAGUGGUUGGGGAGAAGGAGAAGGAGGGGCCAGUGGUUAGGGAGGAGGAGCUUGAUGGGGAGAUGGUACAAAAAUUUAAGGCAGGGAUGGGGAUGGGGGAGAAGCCCGAGGAGGGGGAGUGGCCAGAGUUUGAUGAGAAGAUUGGGGGAGGGCCAGUGUUUGGGGAGGAGGAGGAGCUUAGUGGUGAGGAGGUGCCAUCAUUGAAGGCAGUGAUGGGGGAGGAGAAUGAGGGGCAGUGGCCAGUGUUUGGGAAUGGGGAUUGGCCAAUGUUUGAUGAGAAGAUUGGGGAGUGGCCAAUGUUUGAGAAGAUUGGGGAGGGGCCAGUGGUUGGGGAGAAGGAGUUUAGUGGGGAAGUGGUACCAACAUUUAAGGCACUGAUGGGAAUGAGAGAGAAGACUGGGGACGGGGAGUGGCCUGACUUUGGGGAGGAGACUUGGGAGGGGGAGUGGCCAAUGCUUAGGGAGGAGGGGACUCAUAGGGAGGUGGGACCAGAAUUUAAGGCAGUGAUUGGGAUGGAAGAGGAGAUGGGGAAGGGAGUGGCAAAAAUGUUUGGGGAGGGGGCAAAGUCAUUGGUGAAAGAACGGUCAAAGUUUAUGGUGGGAAAGGAUGGUGGGGUUGGGGAGGGGCCAAUAUUUGGGAAGGAGGUGGAGCCAGUGGAACACUAUGGGCUCUCCUCUGGGAUUGGUGAUGCUAAAUUCCUGAGUGGCGGUGAUUGGCUGGCCAGUACACCCUGGCAUGACUGACAGUCUGAAUGGAUCUUCUUGGCCAGGCAGAGGCUCACUGGAAGAGAACGUCAGCAUUUGAUGGAACGUCAUCUAUUCUAUUGAUGCUAUCGGAUGAAUAAAAAUCUGAAAAUCCUCUUG